UUUUGUAUGCUACAGAAAGACAAGGAAAUUGUUGGCAAAGAGGGUAAAGAUAUUGAAAUGGAAGAAGGCACUCAUGAGAAGAAGGAAGAAACCCUACCACCUGGUUUUCGCUUUCACCCCACAGAUGAAGAACUCAUUUGUUACUAUCUCACAAACAAGAUUUCAGAUUCUGAUUUUACACCAAAAGCAAUAGCUGUUGUAGAUCUCAACAAAUGUGAGCCAUGGGAUCUUCCUGGAAAGGCGAAAAUGGGACAAAAAGAAUGGUACUUCUUCAACCUAAGGGAUCGCAAAUAUCCAACAGGUGUGAGAACAAACAGAGCAACGAACACAGGGUACUGGAAAACCACUGGAAAAGACAAAGAGAUCUUGAACAGUGUUACAUCGGAGUUGGUCGGCAUGAAGAAGACUUUGGUUUUCUACAAAGGUAGGGCUCCCAGAGGAGAGAAAACCAACUGGGUCAUGCAUGAAUAUCGCAUUCAUUCAAAAUCCACCUUCAAAAUCACUAAGCAAGAUGAAUGGGUGGUUUGCCGGGUGUUCCGGAAGAGUGGUGGUGCAAAAAAGUUCCCGUCUAAUUCGAACCACAGCAGAACACUGAACCCGUAUGGUGUUGAAGUUAGCCCUAGCGUUGUGCCACCCCAAAUGAUGCAUCUGGGUGACCCUUCUUCUGCUCAUUUCAAUUUCCUUUAUGGAUCAAGAAACUACAUGAUCAACCCUUCAGAGUUCAGAGCUGGUGGAUCCACAAGUGUCAAUGUGACGAACCUCCCAAUAAUGCAUACCCAUUUCAACAAUCCACCACCACCACCACCAGGAGGAGGAGGAGGAGGAGGAGGGUUCAGCAUUUCUGGCCUUAAUUUGAACCUGGGAGGAGCAGCAGUUUCCACUGCUGCCACCACACAAACACAGCCCCUUCUGAAGCCAAUGAUAGCACCACCACAGCCACUUUCUGCUCACACAGUGGCCCAAAUGAAUCAUGAUUUCAGUUCCAACAUGGUGACACCUGGUGCUGCUCUUGCUGCUGACAGUGUAGUCUAUGGUUCAGACAUGACCAAUGCAAAUUCUCAUGGCAAUAGGUUCAUGGGCAUGGACCACUGCAUGGAUCUAGACACUUACUGGCCUUCCUACUGA